AUGGAAAGAACAACACCUGAAAGUACCGACGGUAAUCAUAUGAAAUAUGAUUACCAAGACCAGAUCCCCCAGAUUGACAAGGGCGAGGGAGAUAUCAUUGACGAGAACUAUGCUAUUAAUGAGCAAAGUCUUGUACGAAAGCUUGAUAUGACCCUCAUGCCUAUGGUAUUUGUCUUAUAUUUGCUCAAUUAUUUGGAUCGAAACAACAUCGCUCAAGCCAAAUUGGAUACAAUCGAAGAAGAACUGGGAUUAGAAGGAAAUGAAUACAAUAUUGCAAUUUCUAUCCUAAGCAUUGGUUAUGUCCUGAUGCAAGUUCCGAGUAACAUGCUCCUGACCCGUGUCAGACCGUCUAUUUACAUACCUCUUUGGGUCUGUAUUUGGUCAUGCCUCUCUGCCGCAACAGCUGCUGUUCAAAACUUCGCCGGCCUAACCGCUAUUCGCUUUUUCCUUGGAAUAUGUGAAGCGCCAUUUUUCCCAGGAGUAUUUUACUUGCUUUCAUGCUGGUAUACAAAAAAGGAGCUAGCACUUCGAUACGCUGUUUUAUAUUCAGGGUUAGUCCUAGCCACCGCUUUCUCGGGCCUCCUAGCAGCCGGCAUUUUUGCUGGACUUGAAAACAAGCAAGGACUCGCAGGCUGGAGAUGGCUAUUUAUUAUCGAAGGACUAGUCAGCUUGGUGUUUGGACUGCUGGCUUUCUUCCUUCUUCCGGACUUUGUUGAAUCAGAGACUGGUAGUACAAAGUGGCUUUUCACUGAGUAUGAGCGCCACGUUGCAGUUGAGCGUAUGAGAAGAGAUGCCAUCUCAGUUGAAGAUGACAAUCACUCAUUACUACGUGGUCUCAAAGCUUCAGUGAUUGACCCAAAAGUCUGGCUUUUUGUGAGUUAUGUUCUACGCCAUCAUGUUAAGAAUCUGUAUUUUGAAAAGAGACUUGAGCAUAUAGCUAAUUUGACGAAACAGGCAUUGAUGCUAUGUGCAAACCAGACCGCUUAUGGUUUCAACUACUUCUACCCUUCCAUUGUCGAGGGCUUUGACCUCGGCACUCGCACUAUCACUCUCGUUUGCACAGCUCCUCCCUACAUCGUGGGUGCUAUAGUUGCCUACCUGAUUGCCUGGUCUAGCGAUCGUAGAGGUUGGCAUAUUGCGCUACCUAUCAUCGUUGCCACUGUCGGUUUCAUCAUCAGUGUGUCAGUGCUAAGCAUUCCAGCCCGCUAUUGUGCUUCUUUUCUGUACAUCAGCGGUGUAUUUGGGGCCAAUGCUACACUAUAUGGUUGGGCGGCAAGUAGUGUGAGCAGUACCCCGGAGAAGAAAGCUUGCGCUACAGCUAUCAUCAACGUCAUUGGCCAGUUUGGCAGCAUCUGGAGUCCUUAUUUCUUCAAUUCCAAUGACGCACCUCGCUAUACAACUGCGAUGCUACUGCUCAUGGCCUUCUGUGUGCUUGAGGCACUCUUGUGCUUCGCCAUGAAGUUUUUGUUACGCAAGGAAAACAAGAAGAUUUUGGAGCGAUUUGAUGGAUAUGGAGCCGCUCCUAAUCUUUACACGCUUUGA